AUGGCGAAGAUCGCCAAGACCCACGAAGACAUUGAAGCUCAGAUUCGAGAAAUUCAAGGCAAAAAAGCUGCGCUUGAUGAAGCUCAAGGAAUUGGCCUUGAUUCUACAGGGUAUUAUGAUCAAGAGAUCUAUGGUGGAAGUGAUAGCAGGUUUGCUGGAUAUGUAACUUCAAUUGCAGCAACUGAACUUGAAGAUGAUGACGACGACUAUUCUUCUACAAGUUUGCUUGGCCAGAAGAAGCCUGGGUAUCAUGCACUGGUGGCAUUACUUAAUGACAUACCACAGUCAACUGAACAGUAUGAUCCAAUUAAGCUAUGA